UGACCGUGACGUCACGAAGGUCCCUUCCGAGGAUAGGAACUAGCCGCUACAAUGCGAAAAUCGCUCCAUUCAUUUUUCUGAGAGGUUGUCCCCUGGUUUAUUUGUGUGGGUUCUGAACAGGUCCAGAAAUUCUUUCGCUCCUGUCUGCAGAAUAUUCGCUUAAAUCUCUUCUGCUGCAGGACCUGUGUGCUCAGCUUCAUGGCAGGCAUAAAAGCUCUGGUCAGCCUGUCGUUCGGUGGAGCAAUUGGACUGAUGUUUCUAAUGCUGGGAUGUGCUCUGCCACAAUACAACAAGUACUGGCCACUUUUUGUCUUGUUCUUCUACAUUCUUGCACCAAUCCCAUACUGCAUAGCAAAGAGAGUGGUAGAUGACACAGAUGCAGCAAGCAAUGCUUGCAAGGAGCUUGCUAUAUUCCUCACUACUGGCAUUGUUGUUUCUGCAUUUGGACUUCCCAUUGUAUUUGCCAGAGUACAAGUGAUUGCGUGGGGAGCGUGUGCUCUGGUUCUUACAGGAAACAUGGUAAUUUUUUCUACCAUUUUAGGAUUCUUUUUAGUCUUUGGAAAUAAUGAUGACUUCAGUUGGCAACAGUGGUGAAGUACAAUUGUGCAGUUGUUCGCAAGCAACCAUUAUGCUCAAUAUGGUUUCCAUCCAUUCAGCGGAAAGAAGGAAUAGAGGGCAAGGAAAUAACCAGUUUCACCCUGGGAGUAAUAUGUGGUUUCUGAAAUAUAACCAUACCUUUUGCCAUGGACAUGCAGAGUGGCCUGUCAGGAACGCGCUUAUACCAAGAAAAUAUUCUUCCUUCUAUUUUUCUAUUUUUUUUUUUUUUUUUUGCUGGUUUUUGUUCAGAACCUUUCCUGUUUAGUUUUGGUCUAAGUUUUCAUUCUUUUUUUCUUUAAUUUUAAAACAGUAUUUUUAUGUUGGACUUUUUUUUUUUUGUACCACUGAAGUUAUGGGGCCUUAGGGUCUAUUGAGUUGGGACCACCACAUACCGACCACUAGAGAUAUAGGCACUUUUCAUUUAUAAGCCACUUUAGAGGCUUUUUCUUUACAUUGACUGUCCAUAGCACUGAAAUUAUACAAACAGUAUGUCCUGUUUGCCUUCCUGCACAGCUUGCAAUAAGUUUUUGUUCUUGCUUUUUCUUAUCAAUUUAAUAAUAAUCUCUGCCCCUGCAUGUUGCAUGUUAGUAGCUAAGAAGGUUUGUUACAAAAAUAAUCUCAUGUAUCUCUGGUUUAUGUUCUGGUUUUCCUUAAAGGAGAAGGAAAGGCUAAGUCACUUGGAGUUGCCAAAAUGUUAGGCACCCCCAAGUGACUUUAAUUGCUUGCCUUUUACCCCAGGCUGGUGCCCAUGUUAGGAGAAAACAGAACCAGCCUGGGUUACGUGCAGCGAGCGCUUCCUUCUGUGUCAAAAUCCCUGGGCCGGCGCAUGCACAGUAGAGCGGAAAGCUGACUUUUUUUGUUCAGCUUUUCACUCUACUGCACAAGCGCACAAAGAAGAAGAGCACUUUGCCUUUCCUUCUCCUUUAAAUAUUUAAUUAUUUUAGAAACUCAUUUUAAACUAUUAAAAUAUCCCCUUAUUUUAUUUACAACAUACAGUGAUGUAUGAAAAGGCAUCAGACUGCAUUAGUUUUGGUUAAGACUCCUGUUACUUUGAGUAUUGAAUGAGCAUGAAAUGAAGAAAAGCCAGGGAACCAAAUGAAAAAUACUGUAGGCAACUUAGUAGCAGGCCCUAGCAUUUUAGGAGCAGUGUCCUUAUACUUCUUCAAAGAGAAAAAAAAUGUAUUGUUCAUACUGCAGUAUAUUCUUUUAACACUGGCCAUACAUUGAAGAUCCACACAAGAUUCACUAUACGAGCAGCAAAUCUUGGGCCAUUUUUGGACACCCACGUGGUGGAGUGAAUCAAGUUUAUCUGGUUAUGUGUACCACCUGAGCUGACAAUUGAAUCACUUACUUACCUGAUACUCUGGGCCAUUGUUCCUGUUAGCAGAAAAACUGCUUCGGCCUGGGGUUCUUCUCAGCGAGCACCACAGAACAAUCCUCUUCCUGCUUCUUCUUUCUUCGUGUGGAUGUGCAGUGAAGUAAUAAGCCGGGCUUUAACAAAAAAGGCAGCUUUUUCACUUUGCAACACACGUUAGCCACUGGGUAGUAAAGAAAGACAAGGUGGAAGAAGAGGAUCGUUCUUUGUUGGACGCUGAGGAGAACCUUGGGCCUGGGCAGUUUUCUGUUAACAAGAGCAACCAGCCCAAGGUAUCAGGUAAGUAAAUACACUCAAUGUGGGGUACCUAACUUUUGUCAUUCCCCCCCCCCACACCCAUGUAAUUUCACCGUUGCUCCUCCUUUAAAAUACGCAUAUGUUUGUGCAAAAUUUGUUAAAGACAAAGCUACAUGUAAAACAGUUUUUUUUAUUUUAUUUUAGUUGGGAGCUUCCCAACUACAGCAACUAUCUUUAAAGUGGACCUGUCACCCAGACAUAAAAAGCUUUAUAAUAAAAGCCCUUUUCAAAUUAAACAAGAAAUCCAAUAUAAUUUUUUUAUUACCACAUCCAUACCCAUUAUAAAAGCAUUUAAAAAUCCCAGCUGUCAAUCAUAUAUUGCCUGCCUCGCCUCUAUGCCUUAGGCAUAAAGGUGGGGCAGAGAGUUACUUUCACUUUCAAUUCAGAACUUUUUAGAUGUUGCUGCUCUCCUCACAUUCCCCCUCCCUCUGCACCAUGUAAUUUUGUAACCAGUGUACGGACAUGGGCAUCAGGUACCCCCAUACGGGCAGAGAAACAAGAUUUUGGCAGGAUGCAAUGCCUGCUUUGAUAACAGUGUCCACAAAAUGGUGCCGGCCUGCUUGCUGCAUUUGUGAAUACCAAUUCAUUCCAUUUUCUUAUUUUAUUUUAUAAAUUAAAAUAAUUUAUAUAGUGUAAGUUAAGUUUAUUUUGCUUGACAAACACAAUAGAAAACAAUUUGAAAUUAUUUCUUAAGGUGACAGGUCCCCUUUAAUUAUGUUGUUUUUUUUACCCCAUAAAAUACAUUGAUAAAAAUGUAAGUUAUCAUUAAAAUAUAUCACAUUACAUAACACCUACAUGGGGUAGCAUGGAAUAAAACAUUUUUUCUGCACUCCUAAAAAAAAAUACAUCAUUGGUUAUUUCAUUAAAUUGUAAUACAAUCCAAUGGUGAAAGGUCAGGUAGGGAAAAAUAACCUGCUAGUCUUGUGCACAAUACACUGACUCUCCAUAGUCUCCAUUUAAUUGAUGAAAAAUAGCUUUCUAAAUAAGUAUAUUCAAGCUUAAGAAUUUGGCCUUUUGGAGACAAUUCCACAUUAUUUUUUAACCAUUUGCUCAAUUAUAUUCUACACUGAAACAAAGUCAAACUGGAAAAACACAUGCUGCAUAACAUAGGGUGUUAAAAGGAUGUUACCGCUUAAAACAGUUUGCUCCAUAAAGUGUAUUCUGUACUUUAUUGAGAAGACCCUAAUACAUUUCAAUAUUGUUAGAUGUUGUUGGAUGACUUUUGGGACUGUAAGUAGAAAAAGUAGAUAUAAACCCCCUAAGUAAAAGUGAAAUGGCAGUGAAACUGGUCGAUAGAUUAAUGGAUGAUUUGGGAUGUAUCCAUAAAUCCCAUUAAAGUCUUCGAUAACCGGUGCUUCAACUUUUGAGACAUAAGUAGUUACAUUAGAAUUCUGUCCUCUUAGUAUUUGAUUUGUGCUGCUGUUUGUCAGUUUUAAAGUUUUGUUAACUCCCUGUAUCCAUGCACAUGCAGACUGAAAAUUUGUUGCAUAGUGGAGGUUCAACCACUGCAAAAGGUUGACUUGAAAAAUGAAUUUAAUUUACAAUAAGGUUAUUAUGAAACUUGUAAAAUGUUUUAUUAUCCCAUUAAAUAUUAUAGCAUUUUUUCCUCGGAGUAUGUACUACCCUUAUGUAUAUGGUUUACCAUCUUAGUUAGUCCCUCUGUGUCAUUUUAGUUUGACUUGACUAGAACAAUAGACUAAGAUUUUCAAAUCUGACUACUUGUGUGCACAGACAUGCCAAAGCUUAUUCAUAUAUAUUAGAGGGGGCUGCUAUAUUUAAAUAUAUUACAUAUGAAGAAAGUAUGUUCAUCACUAUGAUGGCUUACCUUAACAUUACAUUUAUGAUCUUUGCCGCAAACCUCAAAGGACAGUUGAAGCAACCAAGGCAUUAUUGCUUUAUCAUAUGUCAGAAUGUUUUUAUAAAUGUGUAUACCUAAUGCAUUUGACAUUAUGAAUAUUGCUAUUUUAUGACUUGAGUGAAAAUAUGAGUUACUUUCCUUAUUAAAAAUAAAAGAGUAGAUUCUUUGAAGGGGAGCUGUUAAAAAUGUUAUAUAUUGUUUAUUGUUAAUUUAAAAAACAUUUGUGCUUCCUUUUUGUUUUCUGCAAGAGAUAUGCAUUUUUUUAAACAACAGCAGGGAAAAACAAUUACACUGACAGACCUCUUCAUAUUGUAAAAUUCUUAAUGCUGUGAUAUAUUGUUUUAGGAAUAUCUAUUUCUGUGUAUAUUUAAAUUUGACCAAACAAAUAACUGACUAUUGGCAAUCUGUGCAACUAUAAAACAAUAGAUAACCAUACCAGAAAAAUGUAACUUUUUCAAUAAAGUUGUUUAAAAUACCA